GACUUCCUCCAUGGUGAUGGCCGGCAGGUUGGACACAACUUUAAUCUCCGGAACGGGCUGGAAAAGAGACGACACAUGGAUUAGGAACUCCUAGAAACAGACUCUGAUAAGCAGAAGCCCAAUGAAGGGCUGGUCUCCCCAAAGCUCAGCCAGGGCCGUGACCACAGCCGCUCCGUGUCCACGCAGGAGGGCUCGCUCACGGACCUGCCCCAUCCCACCUACGGCCGUCCCAGAGAAAGCAGCUCCCACCCCUGAAACGACUGCUCACCUCACAGAGAGGCUGUUCUCACGACUGCAGGCUCCCGUUCCAACAGUGAGAGCCUUUUCCACCCCCCAGUCCUCACGUCCUGUGGCCGGUGCUGCCGUGUGGGCCCUGGGGCGCCUCAAUCAUGUGGCCGUGGCCGUGCCGGACCUGGAAAAGGCCCGGGCGUUUUAUCGGGACGUUCUGGGGGCCCGGGUCAGUGAGGUGUCCCCUCUUCCUGAGCACGGGGUGUCUGUGGUUUUCGUCGAUCUCGGGAACACCAAACUGGAGCUGCUUCACCCGCUGGGAAAGGACAGUCCGAUCGCGGGGUUUCUGCAGAAAAACAAGGCCGGAGGCAUGCACCACGUCUGCAUUGAGGUGGAUGACAUCAAUGCCGCUGUGAUGGACUUGAAAGAGAAGAAGAUCCGCAGUCUAAGUGAUGAGGCCAAGAUCGGGGCCCACGGAAAACCCGUCAUCUUCCUGCACCCCAAGGACUGUGGGGGCGUCCUGGUGGAGCUGGAGCAGGCCUGAUGCAUGUGAGAAGCUGCGAUGGUGGCCGGGAAGCUCCUCAGGGUACUUGGGCUUCGAAUCCUUCACUCCUUCGGUCACUUCCAAGUUAAAAACCAGAUUACAGAAUGAGAUUCAAAAAAUUAUAUAUACGUGUGUAUAUAUACAGUGUGUGUCCCCCAGAAAUGUAUACACACUUUGAAUAAUUAUGAAUUCCAAUGGGUUAAAUCUGAAAAGAAAGAGACAUCAAUUGAGCGUCAGCUAAGUGUAUCUACAUUUUUGGGGGACACACACACUGUGUGUGUGUGUGUGUGUGUGUGUGUGUGUGUGUGUGUGUGUAUUUGAUUUGGAGAAAAUUUUGAUCACUGAAUGCCUAAGGAAUAUUAUUAAAAUCAUAUUCAUAGAAAUAAAUUCUUCCUGUUCUACAA